AUGUCUGCCCCAUCAGGAAUCCAAACCUACAACUCAGCGCCCGUGAACCCCAACAAGCAGGAAGAAGGCACGCACACAACAACCUCGCAGCCCGAACUCGCCACUGCAAUCGAGUCACUAGCAAGCGCACCCUCACAACCUCCAUCAGCACCCGCAACAACAACAGCAACAGCCACAGCUCCCUCCAACCCUCCAAUCUACACAACCGCCGAGCCGGGCUCGGCACCAGCGCUCCAGCCAGGCGCCACAGCAGUGCAACCACCCCCAACAGCAACAACUGGCUCCGAGCACCCACCACCAACAACCUCCUUCCCCGAGACAGCAACAUCCACAACCCAGGCCCCACCUGCACCUCAGCCCGGCGCCUUCCCAACACCGGCAACAGCAACAUCAUAUACAGGAGCAGCAGGAGCAGCACCCCAAUCCUCCUCUCCAAUUCCUCCACCCCCAAAAGCCGGCGAGGCCAUCUCCCAACCACCACCACAACCAGCCCAGCCAACCCAAAGCUAUACGCAAUCUUACUCCUACAACGCGCCCACCCUAGGUGCGCAGACUACAUUGCCAAACUCGACCUCCUCACCUUAUUCGUCUGUGUACCAGACGCACGCCGGAUCGCAUGCUCGUCCGCAGACGCAGAAUCUGCCGCUGCACUACGGUGCCGGGUCUGGUGGUGGGGCGAGUAGUAUCUUCCCCGAAGAGGAGGAGGAGGGCUUUAUGGGUGCGGCGAAGGGGUGGAUGAGGUGGUCUGGGAAUAAGUUGGCGGAGGUUGAGAAGGGAGUUUGGAAGAAGAUUAAUGAUGUUCAUGAUUAG